CGGCAAGCAGACGUAGGCAUCGCGUAAUGGUAGGUCAGACAGACAUAAGCAUCGCCCUCGCCCUCGAGGUUCUUCAUCAUCCACCUGCCUCGCCCUGCCCUUUGUUCUUCCCUCCCAAAACAACACCUCAAUAGCCCACAGCAGAAUCACAUCAACAUGGCACCAGGCGCUCUGAUCGUCACAUCCAGCAGCGGGCACUCAUCACCGCUAUACGACUCAGAUGACGCUCCGCCGGCAGUACGAUCACCUUCCACACAAGUCGAAUACAGGGGCUAUGAUCAUGUCACGUGGUGGGUGGGAAAUGCGAAGCAGGUGGCUCAGUACUACACAACUCGCAUGGGCUUCCAGCCUGUAGCAUACAAGGGUCUGGAGACCGGAUCUCGCUUCAUUGCUUCACACGUUGUUCAAAAUGGCGACGUUCGAUUCGUCUUCACAUCUCCUGUCCGCUCAUCAUCACGACAAGCAAUCAAUCCCGCGCCACCAAAGGACCAGAAAGUACUCGACGAGAUGUACGACCAUCUUGACAAACACGGCGAUGGAGUGAAGGAUGUUGCAUUCGAGGUGGACGAUGUCUAUGCAGUGUACGAAAACGCGAUUAAGAAUGGCGCAGUAUCUGUCACUCCACCGCAUACCGACUUCUCAGAUGAAGGCGACGUUUUAACAGCAUCCAUCCGAACAUACGGCGACACCACGCAUACUUUCAUUCAGCGAACCACAUACACGGGCGCAUUCCUCCCAGGUUAUCGCUCGAUCACAACCUCCGACCCAACAUCCAAAUAUCUUCCAACCAUUGACCUCGAAGCAAUCGACCACUGCGUAGGAAACCAGAACUGGGACGAGAUGGACUCUGCCUGCGAAUUCUACGAACGUUGUCUCGGUUUCCAUCGCUUUUGGUCCGUCGACGACAAAGACAUCUGCACCGACUACUCUGCACUCAAAUCAAUCGUCAUGUCAUCCUCCAACGGUGUCGUCAAAAUGCCCAUCAACGAACCUGCCGUCGGAAAGAAGAAAUCACAAAUUGAAGAGUACGUCGAUUUCUACAAUGGCCCUGGCGUUCAACACAUUGCUCUCCGAACAAAGGACAUCAUCUCCGCUGUGUCAAAUCUCCGCGCUCGUGGCGUGGAAUUCAUCUCUGUGCCCGAGACAUAUUACGAGCAAAUGCGUCGGAGGAUCAAGGAGACCGGGCUGCAACUGAAGGAAUCUUUUGAGACGAUUCAAAAGUUGAACAUUCUCAUCGAUUUCGAUGAGGGAGGCUACUUGUUGCAGCUGUUCACUAAGCCGUUGAUGGACAGACCUACGGUGUUCAUUGAGAUCAUCCAGAGGGAGAACUUUGAUGGGUUCGGAGCGGGCAAUUUCAAGAGUUUGUUUGAGGCCAUCGAGAGGGAACAAGAGGCGAGAGGCAAUUUGUAG